UUGAAAUUCUAUCGUUGAAGGAAAUAACCAGAGUAUACCUGUAAUAUUGCUCCAACAUGGAUUGUUGUCAUGUUCAGCAUGCUGGGUAGAAAAUCUAGCCAACCAGAGCCUCGGUUUCAUCUUGGCUGACAGAGGGAUGGAUGUCUGGAUGGGAAACAGUAGAGGAAACACAUACUCUAAACGACAUAAAACAUUAAAACCUACAGAUGAAAAGUUCUGGGAUUUUACAUGGGACGAAAUGGCAAAAUACGAUCUUCCUUCCACAGUAGACUACAUAGUGAAAACAACCAAUGUCAGUCAGAUAUAUUAUGCCGGUCAUUCCCAAGGAACAGAGAUUGUAUUUGCUGAAUUAGGGCGAAAUCAAACAUUGGCUGCUAAAAUAAAACAUUUCUUUGCUCUUGCACCGGUAGCUACAAUGGGAAAUGCUACUGGACCCUUCAAGGCAGUGGCUCCAUAUGCUCAAGACAUAGAUACACUUUUCCAGCUGCUAGGCAAAGGUGAAUUUCUGCCAUCCUCCGACUUUAUUAGCUCGAAUGCGCGUGAGUUCUGUGGAAAUGAUUAUGGCAGUAUUGUUUGUGAAAACUUAAUUUUCUUACUUGCUGGGUAUGACUCAAAAGAAAUUAAUCGGACAAGAAUUCCUGUCUAUGUAGAAGAACACCCAGCUGGGACAUCAGUUAAAAAUUUUCUACAUUAUGCUCAGGCUGUUUUGAGUGGAAAAUUUCAGAUGUUUGAUUACGGUUCACCAACAGCCAACAUGGGACAUUAUAAUCAGACUACUCCUCCUUUGUAUGAUGCGAGUUUAAUGAAGAAUAGCGUAUCGCUAUAUUCUGGUGGAAAUGAUAUAAUCGCUGAUCCUACCGACGUCAAGCUCUUACUACAACAGCUCCCAAACAUUUAUCGUCACGUUAACAUUACCACUUAUGAGCAUCUAGACUUCAUUUGGGCCACAGAAGCCAAAAGACAAUGCUAUGAUGACAUCAUUUUAACAAUUGUAUCUCGCGAAAACCUUUAACUUGCUAUAGGUAUAUGAAAGGGAUCAUGGCAAGCUGAGUGAAAACCUUUUCCGUGUACGUGUUCAGUUAUUCUUAUAUGUGUUAAUAUAUGUCUAAUAAUACUCUCUUUCUUCGGCGGUUAUAUAUAUUUGAAUACACUGAAUA